AUGGUCAACGCCGGCUUCAGACUCUCUCCCACAGACCUAGAGUACCUGCACACACUAUCCUCAGGCCAGCAGGAAGAAGUUGCAUGGCGCGAAAAACACACACCCGUCGAUACUCGCGCGAUCCCAAUGCGAGCCACCAACGUACAAGCCGGUACCGUCGCUUCCUUCCCCCUUCGCAUGCGCCAUGCAGAUACCUAUACGGGCGAGCGCGUGGCACUAGUCGGCGACGCAGCGCACACCAUUCACCCCCUCGCAGGCCAAGGUCUGAACCAGGGCCAAGGCGAUGCAGCAGCGCUCGUGCGCACGAUUUCGCACGCUGUGCAGACGGGGCAGGAUGUAGGGUCUACGCUUGCGCUGGAGAGUUAUAAUAGUGCGCGGUAUGCAGAGAACAAUGCUAUGCUGGGUGUGUGUGACAAGCUGCAUCGAUUGUAUAGCGUGGACUCGGGACCGAUUGUUGGACUGAGGAGCUUGGGAUUGAGGGCUGUGGAUGCAAUGGGGCCUUUGAAAAGCUUUUUUAUGAGUAGGGCCGCGGGUGGUUCGUAG